CCUACCUAAACUGCAUUGGAUCGAAUAUACGACGAUGUGCCUACGACUUAAAACUAUAAUGAGAGACAGUCGAUUUAAAAUAGUAAUUAUUAAUUGGAUAUUUCGGCGGCCGUUUAUUGCUGACCGGACAGAUUGUCGGGGGACGAUUAAAAAAAUAAAAUGGACGGUGUCGGCUUGUAAUAAUAUGAGGGGGGAGCCGACUCGUACGCGUAGACGCCACACUGUUGUUUGCGGAGAGUGGAUAGGCGCUAUCAUUUUUUAUUCAGUAUGCGCGGAUGGCCACUGACGCCGACUGGUUACAACUGUUUGUGACAACUCUACACCGCACGCUGCAAAGGGACAUCGUGUUCACGCCUUCUACAGUUCGGACGUGAAAUCCAUACGUUUGGCCAUCGCUUGUACAAUAUCACCUAUACGGUUUUCAAGUCAGUUGCAUCGAAUUCGAUUGUUGUCAUAGCUGUUUGAUCAGCUGUUGGUUGUCACCUGUAUUCGUUGGAAAAGAGUAGAUAUAUGGAAAACGGGAAUCCAAAAAUGUCAAAAUCGGUUACCUUUAACCCAGAACCUCCGCAAGUAGUUUUUGUGGAAGCACAGCAAACACCGAAACCUGGCUCCGUACUUGACCGGGUCCAAAAGUACGAUCGCAAAAUGUUACAGCGCACUGUCCAGCGGCAGCCGAGGCCACCCGCACUGCCUCCCAGAAAUGCGGUGCAGAUGACCGUCACCCGCACCGUCACCCAGAAACCAUCACCUCCACAGCCGCUACCACGAGCCAUAAAUAGCUCGUUGACGGUUUGCCGUCAACAGGUUCGUACGUACCGGCGUGUAUGUGAUACCACCCAAACCAGUUCUGGAGGACCAACCAGGCGAUGUGAUGUCGGCGCCUUGCCCGGAAGAGUGGAAGUUGUGCCGACUUUGCAUCAGAGGAUGAAGGUCCCAGAUACACCACCACCGCCACCACCAUCAAUGUCGCCUGCCGAUGACAUGGAUGCUGGGGAAAUUAUAGUCCAGAACGAGCAUCAGGAACCCGUGGAACAAUCUGACGGAACUGAAGCUGUCGAUGACCAAGGCGACAACCCCGGAUGCGGCUCGGGUUGUUUGUUUUUUACGGUCGGUUGCAUCGGGUGCAUAAUUGGGUGAUUUUAUUAUUUUUAUUG